AAUCUAGACCGUUCAUCACAUCAUCACAUCAAAUCAGAAAACAACGUUGACUUAAGAAAAAUCAAAAUCAACGGCUUUUAUUUAAUUAAGUUUUCUUAUCAGUACCAGAAAACUUUUUUUUUUUAAAAUUACAAUAUGCACAACGACGCUGAAGAAGAAGAAGAAGGCGGAGAAACUGAAGCAACUUACUCGCCGUGAACGGCGCCGGAAAAUCAGUUGAAACGACUAUUUAUCGCAGUGAAACGACGUUGGAGAAGCAGCUGAGACAACUUUAUCGCGGUCAAACGACGCCGGAGAAGCAGCUGAAACGAUUUUAUCGCCGCAAAACGACGUAGGAGAAUCAGCUGAAACAACUUUAUCGCGGUGAAAAGACGCCGUGGAAGUAGCUGAAACGACUUUAUCGCCGUGAUACGACGCUGGAGAAGUAGCUGAAGCAACUUUCUCUUCUUGAAACGACGCCGGAGAAGCAGCUGAAACAACUUUCUCGCCGCGAAACGACGCCGUUUUGCUCAUUUUCCGAUUUGCUAAUCAGUUCCGGUCAGUAUCAACUUCCGGAGAGUUUGUAAAUAUGGAAUUUCCGUUGAUAGCUCGAUGUACGAAUACGACGAAUACUCCGUCGACGACGUCGUUUUUGGGAUGUAAAAUGAGUUUAUGCUAUUUUCCGAUUAGAAAUAAGAGGAAAUAUAAUGAGAAAUUUUCGGUGGUGAGAGUUAAAGCUAUGGCGGAGAAGUCAAGUACCGGCGAGGCAGCGUCAUCAGUUGAAAUUCGGCAGAGAGAAAAUGGAGUAGGGUACACGGGAUCUACUAUGGAGGUGACCACAUUCAAUCAGAGCUUCAGUGAUGCGCAGUUACCAGUUUGGGAGAAAAUCGGUGCUAUUGUCAGACUCAGUUAUGGAAUCGGCAUCUAUGGAGCAAUGGCUUUAGCCGGAAAGUUCAUAUGCUCAAUAUCUGGAAUCGACUGCACAGGAGGGUUCAGUCCAUCAUUAGAUGCCAUUGUUGAAGGACUAGGAUAUGCAGCUCCACCCAUUAUGGCUCUUCUAUUUAUACUAGAUGAUGAAGUUGUGAAGCUAUCUCCUCAUGCUCGAGCAAUCAGGGAUGUUGAGGAUGAAGAGCUAAGGAACUUCUUUUAUGGAAUGUCACCUUGGCAGUUCAUUCUGAUUGUUGCUGCAAGCUCCGUCGGAGAGGAGCUUUUCUACCGUGCUGCUGUUCAGGGAGCUUUGGCUGAUAUUUUCUUACGGAGCACUGAUUUGGUGACUGAAGCUCGAGGAAUGGCAUCAUUGACUGGUGUUUUGCCACCUUAUGUACCAUUUGCUCAAGCAUUUGCAGCUGUAAUGACAGCAGCUCUGACCGGUUCUUUGUAUUAUAUUGCUGCUUCUCCAAAAGAUCCUACCUAUGUUGUUGCACCAAUGCUGAAGUCACGUUCAGGUCGUGAAGAUCUGAAAAAACUCUUUGCAGCUUGGUAUGAGAGGCGACAAAUGAAGAAGAUUUACUCUCCUUUACUGGAAUCAAUACUAGCCCUUUACCUUGGGUUUGAAUGGAUCCAGACAAACAACAUUCUUGCACCUAUAAUCACACAUGGGAUAUACUCUGCUGUAAUUCUCGGACAUGGACUCUGGAAAAUCCACGAUCAUCGGAGAAGGCUACAUCAGAGAAUCCUCCGACUUAAACAAGAAGGCAAGAAUUCAAGUAACUUGUAAAGUGCUUACAAUAUAGUGAGAACAAAUAAUUAGCGUCGUAUGCAGGAUUUUUCUGAAUUGUACUUUGGGAGAGAUGUUAUAAUACUGUAUAAAAUCUAUGUAACAUAAAAGAAUAAUAAUAGUGGCAUGGCUUAAGUUAGUUGUAUACAUUAGACUAGCAAAUAUAUACAUUAAAAAAUGUACCUCUGAUAUAUUAUAUGUAGUUGUAUUUAUGAUA